AUGGACGAAAGUUUACCAAGAAAUUUGCACGUUUUUCCGAAGGAUUUUAUUUGGGCCUCAGCAACAGCAGCGUAUCAAAUCGAAGGUGGAAGCGAGGAAGGAGGCGAAACCCUAUCCGUUUGGGAUCAUUUGCGACGAAUUCCUGGCUGUAUCAAAGACAAUUCCGAUUCAAAUCUCUCAUGUGAAGGAUUUAAACAUUGGAAACAAGAUGUGCAAUUGUUAAAAGCUUUAGGAGUAACACAUUAUCGUUUCUCUGUUUCGUGGUCAAGAAUUUUGCCGACUGGAAAAACGGAUAAAAUCAACGAGCAAGGAGUCGAAUUCUAUCGGAAUUUGUGCUUGGAAUUGAAAGCGAAUGGAAUUGAACCGAUUAUCACCAUGUUUCACUACGAUUUCCCGAUUCAACUCCACGAAGAAGGUGGCUUUCUGAAUCGGAAAUCGAUUGCCUGGUUUACCGAUUUUGCGAGAAUCUGCUUUGAGAAAUUUGGGGAUUUGGUGAAAACCUGGGUAACAUUCAACGAGAUCAUCCCAAAUGCCUCUUUCGGUGUGGUCCCGAUGGAGAAUUUGCCCAAAUUUGCGUUGGAUCCCGUGAUACCGCUGGAGCAAUGGAAUAUCACCAAAAGACAGGCGCCUUACCUGGCCGCACAUCAUCAAAUCCUCGCGCACGCCAGUGUUUACCGUUUGUACAAAGAGGAAUUCUAUUCAAAGCAAAAAGGCAAAAUCGGAAUCGUUUCCGGUGGUCGAGCCGCUGAAACUCCUGAUGAAAGUAAAGAGAGCCUUGAGGCGGCAAAAAGGAUGAUCAAUUGGCAAUUUCUGUGGAUGAAUGAGCCAAUCUUCGGUGAUGGAGAUUACCCGAAAAUCAUGCGCGAUCGAAUGGAUUAUUUAGCUGAAAAAGAGGGACUAAAAGAAAUUUUACCCAAAUUCACCGAUGAGGAACGAAAAAUGGUUAAAGACUCUGCUGAUUUCAUUGGAAUCAAUUGGUAUCUAAGUCUGAUGGUGGGAAAAUACAGAAAUGAUCCGAGCAACUCGUUCAUGGAAAACGAUGGGGAUUAUAGUUUUUAUUCGGAUAACAACGAGAAAAUCAGUGGCGAUCAUUGGCUUCGAAAUACGCCGAAUGGCCUUAUUGAGUGCUUUAAAACGAUUAGAGACAACUAUGGAAAUGUGCCGAUUCUUGUAUCAGAAAACGGAUGCGCCGAUCAUCUUCCCGUACAGAUUUUGGGUGAUCCGCUAAAUGAUUAUCAUCGAAUUCGCUACAUCCGAGCACAUGUGGAAGCGAUUGGGAAAGCCAUUGCUGACGAUUUGAAUAUAAUCGGUUACACGGCUUGGUCUCUAAUGGAUAAUUUCGAGUGGGAAGACGGGUUCGCGGUCCGAUUUGGAUUGUACAGAGUCGACUUUGAUUCCCCGGAAAAAACCCGAACACCAAAGAAAAGUGCAUUUUUCUAUCGAAAUUUGAUUGAUGAGCAGAAAAAGAUUGUGGAAAAGACUGAAUUG